UUCAGUCGAAAAGUUACUCUUUUAGUGUGCGGCCGCUCCGUAAGUAAAUCGUGAGACUACGCAGUUAAAACGCGUCUCAAGUGUAAUAUUGAACGGUACGGUUAUUUUUCCUAUAACUAAUCUAUCGCCAAAUCGUUUAAGAUGCUGUGAUGAAAAGUGAUUUUGUUUCAACCAACAACAGCUGAUUUGUGUGGCAGCUAGAUUUUGCAAAAGUGUUGCAGGAAAAAAAUAAAUUUCAACAAAAAAUUUGCCAAUAACAACAGCAACACGAAGCCCGAGUGCAAAGUAAUGAAAAGUCGAUGUCGUUUGAUACGUGCCAAGUAGCAACAACAACAACAAUGGCGCAUAUGUGAAGUGAGCGAAUGCGUGUGUACGCGAAGUGCUGUGGUGAAGAGCGCGAAGCACCAACGAAAUACACUACUCUGGCAUUGUUGCUGAGAGCGAGUGCUGCGCGCGAUUACUUCAAUUCGUUUAACUAGGCGAUUGAAUACGUUACGAUACAUUGUAUGGUAUAUUGGCGAGUGUGUAGAUUUCGCUUGUGCUUAAAUUAAAAGCAACAAAAUAUAUAUUUGUUAUUAAAAGUUAUUCGCAAGGCAGUGUGAAUUCCAAGUUGAAAAUUGCUUUACAAUAGAAUAUACAUACACAUAUGUAAGCGUUUGUGUGAGUGUGUCAAUUCCGUGAGCAGUGAAAAUGAAAAUAAUUGCAAUGAUGAAAGUAAAUAAGCAUUAACCACAAUUUAUUUGCGGUCAAACGCCCGACAGCGCCAACGAAUAUUCGCAAAAUUCGUUGACGAAACGUGUGCUUCUUCUUCUUUGCGGCAGCAGCAGCAGCAGCGACUGCGCUGGUGUGCGUGUGUGCGGCAUACAGGUGCAAGUGUACGCGCGCAGUUAUACAUCACUACACACAAAUAUAUCUAUAUAAUAAACGUAGCUACAGUACGACGUCAGCCUGUGUUCGUGUUCGCAUAGAAGUUGCCAGCGCAAAGUGGCAAAUCGGGCAAAUAACCAGCGAAACAAGCAACCAGUCAACCAACUCACGGCUGUAACCAACCAACCAACCAACCAGCCAACCCAUACUCGUAUCAAAAUCGCAUUGCCCAAUUUUUGUAUUGCUUCAUCGGCGCGGCGUAUAGAAGCUGAAAUCGAGUUGAAAACCUAUUGCUUGACGUGUUCGCAUUUUGAAAGUAUCUCAUAGAUACCAUUUGUUUGUUGCUCGUCCGUAGUAUUUGUUUUUUUAGGCUUUUUGCGCAACCUCAAGUCAACAGUGUUUUGAAUUUGUUGUUGUCGGUUUUAUCGACAAAACGGCCGACAACUGCAAGUGGUAAUACAGCUCGAAAAUAUAAAAAUUGAAAAAAAAAAAACGAAAUAAAUAAAAUAUAGAAAGUGAGGUGAAUGCGACGCGAAACAAGUCGGUACGAAAAUAGUGCGUGUGUGUGUGCGAAGAAAGUGCCAAACAAAACAAAAGCAUUAAUAAAAGUCAGUUGAAAAUCCAAUAAAAAAAGUCGCGUGCUCAGCAAAUGAGAGGUGAAAAUCAUUGCAAAGUGCAGAGAGAAAGCGUUUUUUGCAACACCCAAGAAGCGGCGAUCAAAGCAGAUAGCGUGAAUAAUAAAAAACAACAACAAACGUGCACUACAAAGCCAACGUUAGCAACAGUGGCAGUGGCAAACUGCAGUGGCAGAUGUGUAAUAUACAUACAUACAUACAUAUGCAGACAUAUAUGUAUGUAUAUGUGUAGCAACGCCAAUUUGCAGCACAAUAAAAUAUGCAAUAAAAUUUGAAGGCCAAUAAAAGCAUCAAAAGCUGAUUAAAUAUUCGAAUAAUCAAAACAAACAGCAUAAUUACAUUGCAAUAUCAGCGAAUAUUUAAUAUUAAACAGUGAAAUUAAUUAUAACAGUUAUAUGAAAGUGAAAAUUGUUGAUAAAAUUAAAAAAAAAUAUUAAUAAAUCUGAAAAUUUAACAAAAAUAUUGAUCAAACCGAAAAGGCAUAUUAAAAAAAUUAAAAAAUUUUGAAAAUAUACAAAUACACAGUGAAUACAAAAUAUACAAAUUCAAGUGUUUACUAAUUAUAAAUAAAUUUCGAAAAUUACUUCAAGCAUGCAAGUGUGAAAAAAAGUUUUAGCAGUAAAGAAAACAGUGUAAAUUUUAACAAAGUUAUAAUGUUUUAAUAUGAAUCAAUAAAAAUCAAUUUGUUGUGAAAUAGAAAAUGUGCAAACCUAUUUGAGUACAAAACGUUACAAACGUGUUAUAAAAAGCAAAUAUACGAGAGCAAACAACGUGGGAUUAAUAUGUUUCAUUUAUAAGAAUUACGGAAAAUUCGAUUAACACGAUUUGCGGUUUAACAAUAAAGCAAAAUGGCUGUCACUAUGAAGAUGUCUACUUGCAAUUGUGCUGGUCACAGCGUUAAUGCAACAACAGUGUCAUGCCACAUAUAUGCACCUGCAAUCAACAGCAAGACCGUGAGCGUCGUUAAUUACAAUUGCAAAGAUGAGGCCACCAGCCAUGCAAACAGCCGCGUUGCAGCCGAAUAAUGAGCUGCACAACGACACACAGCGACAGCGUUUACUACAACAGCAACAACAGAACAUAGCACACCUGCCGCCACACUUGCGACAACAGCAGCCGCAGCAGCUACAGCUACAACUGCAAUUCCAGCAACAACAACAACCGCAAACCACGCCACUUACACUACUCAACCAGUCGAGUUACGAUCCAACAGCGGCAGCGACAGCGCAACAAGCGCGCAACAAAUACUACUUCGAGCAACACGAAUUCACAGUUGAUAAACCGUUGAAUUUUGUUGCGACCACAACAACAGCGUCCGCGAAAGAGGCUGUGAAUCUGAAUGCGCGCCGAAGUUCAGUAGCGUCCAUUAGGCUGCCCAUAGUCGAUGAGAAGUCUAGGCAGGAGCAAUUACUGCAACGCCAACACGCGCAGCCACAAGCGCAGCCGCAACCGCAGGGCGCCAGUCUUGAUUGCAUACAAUUGCUGGACUUGAGCACUUCACCGCCACAUGAGCCAAUCUAUCCGUUGCAAGGUAGCGUGUCUACGUACUUGCCGCAACGGUCUUUAGCGGAUGUGCCACCGCCAUAUCGACGCGCCUCCGCAGCCAGUGUGGCACCAGUGCCAACGCAUCGCGCCUCCUACGCCAGCCAAUACUCGCGCUCGUCGUCGAGUGAGGACGGUUCCAUAGGUGGCGUUAGCGCUGCGCCCUACCCGAACUCAUAUACGCGCGCCAACAGCGCAUUCGAUGACGCGGCUGAGCAUUUCAUAAUCAACUUUCCAGCCGCAGACUCACCGUCACACAAUCAGAACGAUUGCGUUAUAAAUUUGCCGCUCUCCGAGACCGAACCGUUGCUAACGAACAUCGAGGCCACAGUUGCGGAUAAGCAGCGCUCCAUACGUCUGCCGAAGAGUAGUGCCUCAUUGAUAUUCACGAAGAAGGAUCUGUUGCCGCAACGUACCGCGUCUGUGGCACCCUACCAAGCUGCCAAUACGAAUAAUAAUUGCGCGACGCUACAAAAACAACAGCAAUCGAAGCAGCCGAAACGCAAUCAAGCGAAGCAACAACAACAGCAGCAGCAACAACAACAGCAGUUGCAUCAUAGUCUGAGUUUGCGCUCCGCUAACGAAUACGCGACGCGCAAACCCGUCAAGCAUCUACCAGCCUCAUAUCAGCAGCAUCAGCCGCCGCAACAACAACAGCUGCAACAGCAACGUCGUAGUUUACAAUUAAAUUACAACAAUAAUCUGGUAACCACAUCCACGUGCUGUAGCGCAAACAACAACUACUGCAGCAGCGUCACGGGCAAGGGUGUUAGAGCGCCCAGCGCCAGCACCGGCGGCAGCAAGAGUGUCGGUGCUGUUUUGCAUAAACAUCAUCAGCCGAGCGCUGCAUUAAGCGCCACAGUGGCAAAAGCAGAAGAACAACAGCAACAAUCCGGUCAAACGAACACAAACACGGCAGCGACAACGCGCAAGCAACACGCGUACUCCUGGUACGCCCCUGUCUAUACUGCACUCGAGGAGGAACUGGAACAGGAUUCUAGAGAUUCUUCGCCAAUCCACAACCUGGCCAACACAAAGAAACAACACCUCAACCACUACCAACAGCAACGGUCCUCACACAACUCCUCGACGGCGGUCGACAAUGAGACCGUUGCGCUGCUAGAGACGCGCAACCAAGUCAACAUACAGGCGCAACUGCAUGCGCAGGCCAACAGCCACGCCCAUGCGGGCAAAGACGGCAACGACAUUAGUGCUGUUGGUGGCGGUAACGGCGUUGGAAGUGGCAGUGGUGUCGGAGUUGCACGCAACGCGAAGUACGAAGCGAAAUACGCAGGUCUGGCGCGGCGUACAAAUGGUGGCGGACCGCAAGCGCCCACAACAUUACCGCUGUCGAAUGCACAUAAUGCCGCUAUGCAGGCCGAGAUGUCCGGUGGCGAGAGCGGCUACGGAGAGUCGCAAACAACAGCGCCGAUGAACGGCUUUGAUGGCGAUGUUGGGUUGGUGAACUCACUGGGUAGCACGUUGCCGCCACGCAGGCGCAUAGAGAACUUUCUGAAAUCGCUGGUGGGACGCAAGUCGUCCAGUGCGCGCAGCAAUAGCGGCAAUUCGAUCAACGGUGGCAAUGUGGAUGUGCUGAAUUGUCGCGCAGAAAAUAUUGUUUCGCAACAGCCGAUGCCCUCAUCGCCGGAGAUCAAGAUUACGCGAACGCCUUCGGAGCAGAACAUGGUGCUGUUGCGCGAAACUUCGCAACGCGGUCGUCAAUAUAAGCAACAAUCGGCAGCGGCGCAGGAGCAGCGAAAGAGCGAUUGUGGUGGCGGCGACAAGUUAACCGUGAAUGGUGCGAUGCAGGGCAGCACAUCAUCGCUGAAUGUGGUGCAACAGAAAUUGUGGAAUAUCAUGCGGCGCGAGGGCAGCGCGGCCAGCUUGUACAACGAGAAGUCGCACUCGAUCGUGCAGUACCGCGGUCUGCGCAAGUGUGAGACUGUAUUGGCGCUGACGCGGCAAACCAACUCGUUGUGCUCGCCCAUAUUCGGCGGCAGCGCGGCGGCACAUGUGGGCGCCAGCGGCAGAAACAAUGGGAGCGCUAGUAACGGUGGCGCUGGUGUAGCACGGCACAAUAGUUGUAGCGCCGGUGGUGUUAGCGCGUGCGGCGGCAUGCGGCGCACACACACCACUGGCAGCGGCAUCUUCAGCACUAGCGGCGUCGAACAAAUACGUCCGCUAAAUCGACUGCGGAACAGCGUGACGAGCAUCAAUGCCGCAGCGACAUGCUCGCGCUGUUCAAGUUUGCUAUCGCUGGCCGCUUCAGGAUCGCGCUACUCACUCAAUGUGGCGGCGAAUGCAGGCGCUGCCGGCGCGUUCGCACCGACUACGGCGACGCAAAUGCACACAUCCGCUUCUCAACAACAGCUGCAAGCGCUGGCAGCAACGCUUGAUUACAAGCCACCACCACAUUCUUCACAACAACAUCAACAGCAGCGCGAACGCAAAAUUAGCAACGUAAGCAGUAGUCAGUUAAAUAGUAGUAAUUAUAUUGUAUUAAGUAGUAAUCGCAUUGCUGAUACCACUGUCGUCGAGCACAAUGCCGGUGGCAGCGGUGCCGGCAACAGCAGCAGUGGUAAUUGUUCCCGUAAAAGCUCGGCCGAUGCGCCAAGUACGCACAGCGCGAGCAGCAUCACACCGCCGUCCAAUAUGACCACGGCUACGCUCACCUCAAGCAUCACAUCGCCGCAUGCCAGCACACCCACAACGCCCGUAGCAGCAGCAACAGCAACAGCUUACGCGUCAGUUGCAGCCAGCGUAGUCGCACCAGAUACACUAGUAAUCACACCCACCGCCAACGCCCCGCAAGCACCGAUAGCAAUGUCUCCGUACACGGCCAACAGCACUAACAACAGCAACACCUCAGGCAUACUCGUCGAUCUGCCCUCAUCGCCGACCUCGCCGACAUCGGUCGCUUCGUCGGCUGGCACACCAUGCACCUCCGCCUCCUGCUCAUCGGCCACCACGCCCGCACCCACCUACGCAUUGCCGCCGACAUCGCAAACAUAUCCCUUCACCAUAACCUCCCUACUGGCGAUGUCAAAGACAACAAUGGAACGUGAUGCACGCGGCGGACGCUGUGCGGCCGGUGCGGAUGACGAUGAUGUCGCUUUGACGAUAAAAAUUUCAUCUGCGGGCAAAGGUCCAACGGACACUGUCGACGGUAGACACUAUGCGGCACCGGCAGCACUGCCGUUGAAACGUUUCGAGCCCUUCACAUGCAAGCUGUGUUUGGUGGAUGUAGAGACAAAGGAGGAGGCCACCACGCUGCAGCAAUGCGGCUGCGAAUUUUGCACUGAGUGCAUGAAGGCCUAUGUGGACUUUGAAAUUACCGAAGGCGCUUACGAGAUCUCGUGUCCCGAUGCCCAAUGCCCGGCGCAAGGCAUUAUGACACUACCCGAAAUCGCCAACUUGACGACCACCAAUCUGAUGAAGAAGCAUCAUCGAUACCGACUCAAUAAAGAAAUCGAAAUGGAUAAGACGCGCACCUGGUGUCCGCGUGCUGGCUGCGAAACGGUUUGCCUCGUCGGCGUAGGUCCACAUUCCGAUGCCACACCGUCCACCUCGACCGGCGGUGGUAGCGGUGGCACACACACAGCCACUUUCACUGACAGCCAAGGCGCACAACAGUCGCUCUGCGCCGUGCAGUGUCCGUCGUGCAAAGAUGAGUUUUGCUCGGCCUGCAAGAAGGCGUGGCAUCCGAACAUGACUUGCGAGGAGAACAGUCGUCGCUUGGUGGCGGACGGUCAGGAUGACAUUGGCAUACCCUUCGACAAUGACCUCAUCAAGUGUUGUCCCAUGUGCGCUGUGCCCAUCGAGAAGGACGAGGGUUGCGCGCAGAUGAUGUGCAAACGUUGCAAGCACGUCUUCUGCUGGUACUGUUUGGCCAGCUUGGAUGACGACUUUCUGUUGCGUCACUAUGAUCGUGGUCCAUGUAAGAACAAGCUUGGACAUUCCCGUGCCUCUGUGGUGUGGCACAGAGCACAAGUGAUUGGCAUUUUUGCCGGUUUCGGUAUAUUGUUGUUGGUCGCUUCACCACUGCUACUGCUGGCGGCACCCUGUAUUAUAUGUUGUAAAUGCCGUAGUUGUAGCGGUGCACGAAUCGAUGAGGGUGAUGCCGAGCUGGACGAGGCGACUGCGUUACAAAGUCUUUAGAAGGCAUCGACGCACCGAAAACCGGAAUUUGGACCAAAAAUCUAAGGCACUAUCGAACUAACAGGGUGUGCUGAAGUACUUCUUUUCACAUAAUGGGAAAAUGUUUAAAGUAAAAAGUCACUUGCGAACCACUUAUUUGCUGAUUUUAUAUAAUAUUUAUGACAACACUAAUAUCAAUACCUAUGUAUGUAUGUGUAUGUGUACAAAGUAUGAAAAAAGUAAAAUCGAGUACACAGAAUAAGCAAAAUCCUUAACCGGCUUAACAAAGUUAUUUGUUUAAAAUCAUAAAUGUGUUGCGAUGUGCAAAAAAGCGAAAUCACAAAAAUAAGUAAAACAAUAUUUUUCAAUUCCGAUAUGCAAUAAACAACAACAAACACAAAAAAUAGCGCAUGUUGGAUUACCGGGGAUUUGUGGAGGGAUCAAUGCUGAUUGGUUAUUUGUUUUCAUGCAUUACAUAAUUAACGGAUUCAAGCAAAUAUUUGCGCAGGCUUAUUUGUUACGUGCAUAUUUUUUGAAUAGUAAAGAGUGUACGGGAUUGUUGAGAGGCUAAUACAAAAUUUUAUGGAUUUUUUAAUUUUUUUGUAUUUCUUUGUUUUUUGCUAGCCAUGAAAUUUAUUUAUAUUUUUUUGUUAGUCAAGCAUUUUUAUUAAAUUUAAUUUAUGGUAAAAUAUUAUUAUUUAUAAAUUUUCUAAAUUUUGUAGCAUUUAAUGAAAGAAAAUUAUUUUUAUUUAUUUUUUUUUUGCGAACCACGAAAUUUUAACGAAACUUAUUUUUUUUAUAAAUCUUUUAAUAUUUUUUUUUGUUAACCAGCAAAUUUUUUUAAAGGUAAAAUAUUUAUUUCCAAAUUUCUUAAAACUAAUUUUGUAGUUUUUAUUAAAAAAAAAUUAUUAAAAUGAACAAAAACAAUAAUAAUGUCUAAAAAGUGCGAAGUUACGCCAUGAUGCGAGCUUAACGCUUCCAAAAUAUUAUAUUGUUCCAUAAAAUAUCAAAAGAAAACUUAAUUUUGUGUACAAAAAAAAUUUAACACUCUCGCAACAAAGUGGCAACCCCAUAAAGCAGGCUUACAACUCUUUAAUCAAAGGCAAAACUGACCAUCCCUAAUAUCGUAUGAUUAAAACAAAAGCAAUGCAUUAUUUUUAUGCAUAAACACAAACAUUGCUCACAUUUUUCAUUAAUUUUUUUCUGAGAAUUUAUAUGUACAUAUAUUUCUAUUUGGACAUAAAAUUUUUAUUUUUAUUUAUACAUUUUGUUAAUUAUUAAUAUUAUUUUGUUUUGGCUCUUUCGAAGUAUCAAAAAUUCCUCAUAACAACAAAUUAAUCGCAUUAAAUAAUUUACAUAACACUUAUGUACAUUAGGGUGGUUCUUAAGGAAUAAAUUUGUUUAUUUUUUUGCUGGCGCUUUCGAAACAUAAUAAAGUCUGCAUAACAACAUAUUAAUCGCAUUACAUAAUUUACAUAUGUUGAUUAGGGUGGUGCUUGAAUAAUCAAAGUAAUAAUUUAUUCUGUUUCUCGUACUUAAACUCUACUAAACGCAUAUAAUUGAAGUAUUUUCAUGUUAUGCUUUUUAUUAAAUCGAUUCAGGCGUAUCAAAGUAGGUUACAAUUCGGAUUACCCUAUCUACAUACAUACUCGUACAAUUGAGUUUGAAAUUACAAAUUAAAUUACAUCACCGCAUACAUAUAUGUAUGUAAUAGAUUGGCUAAUUGAACAAUUUGAUGGAAAACUGUAUUUUUUAUAUUUAAGUGCCACCCUAACAUUCGCAUUUAUCAUUUGAAAUAUUUGUUUUUGUAUUUGAAAGAAUUUAAAAACAUGAGAAUUUUUAAAAAUAUUGCCAAAAUGUUUAUUUGAAACUAAAUUAUGCCAAAUAUUCGCGAAAAAUGCAUUAAAAGUUAAAAAAAAAUAUUUUGUUUUCUCAGUGUACCCUCAGUGACCGCUAUAUUUGGGAGUUAAUUAAUCAAAAUAUAUCAAUAAAUAUAUAGAUUGGAUAAUUGGAAAAUUUGUUGCAAAACUGUACUUUGUAUAUUUAAGUACCACCCUAACAUUUGUUUGUAUUCCUUGAAAUAUUUUUUUUGUAAACAAAUUUCAAAAAAAAAUUGGUAAAAAUGUUUAUUUGAAAUUAAAUUACGACAAAUAGUCGCGAGAAAUGUAUUGAAAAGUUUCAAAAAAAAUAAAAAUUUAUAUACUAUGUACAUACAUACAUAUAUUUUUUUCUCAGUGCACCUUCAGCGACUGAUAUAUUUCGGAGUUACUUAGUUAAACGAACUAAAUUUUGAAAAAAAUGUUUGAAAAAAUUGAAAACGAAUUAAAUUGUGAAAAUUUUUUCAAACAAAAUUUCAAAAAAAAUUUUUAAAUUUUUUUUCGAAUAUUUUUUACAAAAAAUUAAAAAAAAAUUUGUAUCAAAAAAAUUUAUUUCCUUUCAAGAAAACGUAAAAAAUGCUUAUUUCUAUUUAAAAUACAUAGUAUAUAAUCGCUAUGUAGUCUGUAAAUUUUUUUUAGUUACAAAGGUAAAAAUAAAAAACAAAAGGUGAAGGCCCUGGCAGCCAGUGCUUUAUAUCUAUAAGUGCAACGAUUAUUUAUAAUUAUUUCUCUUUUACAUAAAUAAAUAAAAUAAAAUAAAAAAACAAAUAUUCACAGUGUACCCUCAGCAAUCCACACAUAUGAGCUCAACAAGCGCGCUAUUUCUUUGCUUAAAAAAAUUUUGUACUAACUGCAUUAUACUUUGAGUUGUGCGCUAACGGUACUCCACAAAAGUAUACACACAAGCGAUUAUUAUUCUCAUUACAGCGACAGUGUUGAGCGCAGAAGACCAACUUAGACAUUAGGGUGUUACAAAUGCAGUAUAUUCUAUGAUUAAAUGUACGUAGGUAUGUAUAUGUGCAUAUAUAUACUUAUAUAUAUAUGAAAAUGUGCUUAUGUAUGGAUUAUACGUUGAGUAUGCAUUAUGCGUUAACUAAAUUGUGAUAUUUACAGUGAUUCGAUUUGUAAUGAAUGUUUUUUUUAUAUUUGUUCGAGCAAAUCGAUAACUAAAAUAAAGUUAAAAGAACGCGAAUACUAAUUACAUAUGUAUGUAUGAUUUGCUUUGUUGAAAAUGCAAAGCCAAAACAAAGUAUGAAAUGCUGAAAAAUUUAUGAAGUUUGUAUUUGUUAUUUAAACAGUAAAUGAAAAGCGACACAAGCGACUUACGUGCAGAAAAGAAACCCCUUAGUACAAUCCAAGCUUGAAAUAAUUUUCUGCAAAAAUGCUUUGCCAAAUGCUGCAAAUGUUUUCGAAAUCGAAAUAUUAAAAUAAAUAUUUGAUUUGUGUUAAAAGCAUUUUAAUGUUACACAAUUGUAUAGAGAGCACUCGUUUUUGAUAUAAAAAAAUAUAUAUAAAAUAAAAAAUAGGAAUAAAUUAGAGUUUAUUAACAAACGAUUUAAGUAUUUAUAUUAAAUAUUACUAAAUGAAAGCUUUUUUGAUUUGUUGUUUGUAUAUAACAAGGAAAUAAAUAUAAAUAAAUAUAUAUAUAUAGUAUAUAACGACUUUCGUCUACGUUUUCAAACUUUAUUUAUUAGAGCAACUUUAUAAACAUUAGGGUGUGCGUUAUAUCACAGUUAAUUUUUUGCUUGCAACUUUCAGUUUUAGCCCUAAAAACGUUAUGCAAUGAAUACAAACUUUUUAUUUUAAAUUUAAACUGAGACUAAAUCAUAUUUCUCUUCCCAAGUAGAUAACAUGGAAUUCUUUGAUAUUUUGCAUAAAAAAUGCACUAACAAUUUUAGAAGGCAGAUAUUCUAAUAAAAAAUUUAGCGCGCUAGAAAAAAGGUCUCAAUGAUUUUUUCCAUAAAAUCACUCAUUUUAAAGUUAUGUGCCGUUAAAGUUAUGCUUCAAAUGUACUAAACCUUCAUACGAGUGAAGAAUGUUUACUGAGUUACGCAUACGCCAUGGUGCUCAAUGCUUGCUCAGUGCUCUCUUAUAAAUGCUCAGUUCAUUUGAUGUGUGACUUUAACUGCGUAUAACUUCUAUGGUAAAAAAUAUUAAGAACUUUUUUGUAGAGCGGAAAAUUUUCUAUUAAAAUGUAACUUUUUUAAAGUUGUCGAGUUAUACGUUUUGGAGAUAAAAGGUGUAUUACAAAAAAAAAAUACGAAAAAUGUAUGGGAAAAGAAUAAUGAUUUAGAUACGUUUUAAAUUGAAAAAAAGCUAGUUUAUGUUGCAUAACAUUUUUUAUUGCAAAAACUGUAAGUUCAGGCGACGUUUGCAAAAAAAAUAAACUUUGGAAAUAACGAACAACCCUAUAUGGAUACAUGAACUAUAUAUGUAUGUAACUAACGACAUAAAAAUUUUGAAAUAUAUUAAAAAAUAAAACAAAAAUAUUAAACAGCUCUACAUCUAACUAACUGUAAACUAUAAAGUAUUACCACACUACACAUACUCUGAAAUGUUAUUUUAUUUUAUUAUAACCGUUAAACUUUCGAAAGCGCAUAAACGCUGUUAUAUAAUCUAAAUAGUAGCACUACGAAAAUAUAAUCGCAAAAAUAAAGCACCGCAACAAAAAAAAUAUAAUA